AUGCCUACGACCCUGGGGCUGGCCCUGCUGGCUUGGGCUGGCACCCUUGGCCUGAGCCAGGGGAGCAGCUUCACAGAGAAAGGCCUGUCCUUGCUAAGCUACCAGCUCUGCAACUACCACGUGACGCGAAGGGUACAGAAGGUGGAGGCGGUGCAGACGUCCCGCGUGAUCUACACGUCCUGCGGUGGCUGGAUCCCCUGGAGGCAGUGCCCCAAGACUGUGUACCAGACCCAGUACCUGGCCAUGGAGGUCCCCGAGUCCAAGAACGUGACCGAUUGCUGUGAGGGCCACGAACAGUUCGGCCUCUACUGCGUCCUGUCCCUGAAUAGGUCCAGGGAGUUUGCAUCCAGACCUGGGAGCUGCCCGGCCUCGGAGCCAGAGCUGCCCACCCCGCGGUGGUGCAGCUGGGACACAGACUGCCCUGGACUCCAGAAAUGCUGCCCCUGGCCAGCGGGCCACCGCUGCACAGCCCCUGUGCCCCAAGCACCCCCAAGGAGCCUGGUGAGCUGGUACAACAUCACAGUGCUGGUGAAAAUGGACUUCAAGGACCUGCAGCAAGUGGACCCUGGGUUCCGGAACCACACACGCCUCCUCUACUCCUUAGUCACCAGUGCCUUGCAGCCGCUGAACCCUGCUGUCCACUAUUUGCACUCGGCUGGCGGGGACACGUUCACCACGGUGUCGUGGCUGCUGCUGGGCCUGCCCCAGCUGUUGCCUGUGGCCAAUGUUUCUGCCAUGUUGGACGACAUGGUGAAGCGGGUCUAUGAAGUGAUCAACAUCCAGGUGCAAGAUGUGAAUGAAUGCUUGUACAAUGAACUCCACACCUGCUCUGAGGCCGAGCUGUGUCAAAACAUGGAGGGCUCCCACCUGUGUGUCCGUGCUCAGGAGUCGUCAACCUCGUCUCCGCAGAGGCCGAACCACACGGACAGCGGGUCAGCUCCCAGCAUCCCCAGGAGCCAUGCUGCCAUGCUCCUGUGGUCCCAAUGGACUGAUGGAUCCGUGUCUCCUCUCCAGUACAGGCUGGGUGGCAGACCCGGCUUCCUACGUUUAGCCAGGGAGCCGUCCCCUGAUUUGUCACGGAAGGACGUGGACGCAGCAGUGAAGGACAUCCAGUCCCCUGGGGAUGUGGUGAACUCCACAGGAAGUGGGCUGUCGACAGUAGCAGGGGUCACUGUCCCAGCUCUAGACAGUGGAACAGCGGUGCCCAGCCCAGAGAGCCUCACAUUGUCACCCAGCCCCUGGACCCCGCAGGGCACCCCAGCAACAAGCCAGGCCCAGACGCCAGGGCCCCCAUCCAGGAGAGGUGCUGGUGACCUGGGAAGUCAUGACAGGAACAGCACAGGACUGGGUGCAGAAGAAGAGGCACCUAGCAUGGCUCCAAGCUGGGAGACAGGCCCUGGGAGCACCAGAGUGGGGCUCAGCACCGCUGCCGCCGAGGCUCCAGCACCUCCCCGUGGCUCCCUCCACGGGACCAAGCCCAGCACCCCGGAGGCCCCAGGACAGCUCCUGGGAGACGCCACCAUGGAGCUGCCCUCCCCUCCCACUACCAAGGAUGCCUCAGGCCAUGUUGUGUGGCAUACCGGCCUCCCUCCUCGGGAGACUCCCGUGAACGCCGCAACCCUGCAGACCAAGGAGCCUGAGCCUGCCCCCGGCCCGAGCCUGCCCUCGGCCCCCACCCCCGUGCCCCUGCAGCACCCUGCCUGUGGUCCCGGCUCCAUCAGAAGGGUCACGGUUUCCAACGUGAGCAGCACUGGCUUCCACUUGCAGUGGGCAGCAGAUCCAGCCCCGCUCCCCACCUUCCACCUCAGCCUGGUCCCUGCUCAGGGCCCCGCGGUGCGUGUGGACACGCAGAACACCAGUGUGGCGCUGUCGAGGCUGGAGCCUGGGGUCCUGCACCUGGUCCAGAUCACAGCCAAGGCCUGUGGGAAGGAAGGUGCCAGAACAGACCUGAAAGUGAGGACAGCGGCCCAGAAACUCCGUGGCAAAGUCAGGAUAGCAAACGUCAGCUACUCUGAGGCCCUCGGCAACACAAGCAGCCAGGAGCACCGGGACUUCCUGGGGCGCUUCCUCAGCACGGUGCGGGAGCCCUUGCCAGCCAUGUUGCGCCAGCACAUGGACGCCGGCGGGAUUCGACUGAACGUCACCAGCAUCACCAAUGGCAGCGUGGUGGUGGACUUCACCCUGCUCGUAAUCGCAGACGUGGACAUCCGGGAGGUGUCCGCUGCGUUCCUCAGUGCCCUUCACAACGGGUCUCGGCUGGAGGUGGUGAGAGGCGACACCUUCAUACAGGAUUACGACGAGUGUGCAAGCAUGGAGCACGACUGUGUGCCGGGGACGGCCUGCCACAACACCCUCGGGUCUUUCGCCUGCAGCUGUGCAGGAGGAGCCUCCAACUUCCACGUGGAAUUUUCCGGAAGACCCUGUGAAGGUGCCUCUCCGGGCAGUGCAAGCCAGGUCCCUAGUCCGGAGCAGCCUCUCCCCCCAGCGGGUACCAGGGCAGGGGCUGUGCCGGGCGCCAGCUCCGCGGCCCAGGGCCGGCCCCCCCGGCUGACGCUGACGGAGGCGGUGGACGUGAGCUGUGAGGUGGAGAAGGUGGCCCUGGCCGUGCAGAGGCGCUUCCUGCAGCAGGAGUCCAUCCCCGAGGCCUCCCUGUACCUGGGGCAGCCCUCCUGCAACGCGAGCAGCAGCAACGCCUCCCACGUGUUCCUGGUGGCCGGCUGGGGCGAAUGUGGGACGCUGGUGCAGAGUAACAUGACAGAUACUGUGGUGAGGACCACGCUGAGGAAUGACCUGUCCCCAGAGGGCGUCCUCCACCACCCCAAGAUCCUGAGCCCCAUCCUCUGCGCCUUCCGGAACAACCUGCUGGCGUCCUCAGGCUACGCGCCGCAGUGGGGGGUGUACACCAUCGUUGAAGACCUCCACGGUGCCGGGAACUUCGUCACUGAGAUGCAGGUGUUCAUCGGUGAUUCCCCCAUCCCUCAGAAUUACAGCGUGUCUGCCAGUGAUGACGUCAAGAUCGAAGUGGGGCUCUACAGGCAGAAGAGCAACCUCAGGGUGGUUCUGAUGGAGUGCUGGGCGACCCCCUCGAGCAACGCCAGGGACCCGGUCACCUUCGGUUUCAUCAACAAUAGCUGCCCCAUUCCCAACACCUACACCAGCGUGAUCCAGAACGGAGACUCGAGCAAGGCCCAGUUUAAGCUGAGGAUCUUCUCCUUCGUCAACAACUCCAUCGUCUACCUGCACUGCAAGCUUCGCGUCUGCCUGGAGAACCCGGGAGCCACGUGCAAGAUUAGCUGCCGCAACUUCCGGUCGGUGAGCAACAGUGAAGACUCUGAGGUCUUCCAGAUGUCCUGGGGGCCCCUCAUGCGGUCUGAACGCUCCUCUCCCUGUGUGAAGCCGGGCCCCAGGGCCGGCCUCAUCCUCCUCAUCGUGGGGGCCAUCCUCGUGGUAGUGGGGGCUGUGGCGGCCUUCCUGAUCACACGCUACCAGAGAAUGACCGGCAACUACAACCUCAAAGCCCAGGCGGGCAACUUUGGCUACCAAGUGUUCUACGAAUAGUCAUCCUGCCGGCCGGCCGGAGGUGGGUAGAGGUCACAGCAAGCCAA